GGUUUUGUUGACGCGAAAAUAGCCAUAUCAUCUUUGAGUUCAAAGUAUAAUCAUUUUUUUUUAUUUUAUUACAAUGAUAAUGUGACAUUUUAUGCCAUUAUAAUAUCGAAGUCUCUUGCUGCAUAUAGCAAUCAUUUAAUUGUGCUGAGUGCAUUUAUUUUUUACUCUUCGUUCUCUUAUUUUUGGAGCUAUAAUUGCAUUUAUACAUUUUAUACAGUUAUAUUUUGAAAAAUGGCUCAAAAGAUGAAAGUCUACGUGGUUGGAGUGGGUAUGACGAAAUUUGAGAAACCCGGCAGAAGAGAUAAUUUCGAUUACAAUAUUAUGGGAAAGGAAGCGACUUUAAAGGCCCUGGACGAUGCUCAUAUUUCUUAUAAAGAUGUUAAAGCCGCUUGUGUUGGCUACGUUUACGGUGAUUCAACUUGUGGUCAAAGAGCACUUUAUGAAGUUGGUCUAACCGGUUGUCCCAUUUACAAUGUAAAUAAUAAUUGCUCAACUGGAUCGACGGCAUUAAUGAUGGCAAAGCAAAUUGUCGAGAGUGGUAAUGCAGACUGCGUUUUAGCUCUUGGCUUUGAGAAAAUGGAGCGUGGAUCAUUGUCAUCGAAAUAUUUCGAUCGUACGAAUCCUCUCGAUAAGCAUGUCACUGUUAUGGCUGACAUUGCAGGAAUCAACGAUAGUCCAAUGGCUGCUCAAUUAUUCGGUAACGCUGGUAUUGAACACAUGAAGAGAUACGGUACAAAACCAGAGCAUUUUGCCAAAAUCGCCUACAAGAAUCAUUUGCAUUCCAUGAACAAUCCGUAUUCUCAGUUUCAAGAUAAAUACACUUUGGAGCAAAUUAUGAAUUCUCCGAAGGUCUUUGGACCACUGACGAAAUUGCAAUGUUGUCCAACGAGCGACGGAUCGGCUGCUGUCAUUUUAGCCAAUGAGGAAUAUGUUAAAAGACACAAUCUUCAGGCGCAAGCUGUGGAAAUUGUGGGAAUGGAAAUGUCGACAGAUUUGCCGUCCACUUUCGAAGAACGAAAUAGUAUCAAAGUAGUGGGUUACGACAUGACAAAAAAUGCGGCCGACAAACUAUUUUCAAACAGUGCAUACAGACCGUCCGAUGUUCAAGUCGUCGAACUACACGAUUGUUUCUCAACAAAUGAAUUGAUUACUUACGAAGCUCUUGGACUGUGCCCACCUGGCAAAGGUGGAGAACUUGUUGAUUCAGGCAACAAUACUUACGGCGGUAAGUACGUGGUGAAUCCCAGCGGAGGUUUAAUUUCCAAGGGACAUCCUCUCGGCGCCACGGGCUUGGCGCAAUGUUCAGAACUUUGCUGGCAAUUGAGAGGACAAGCCGGCAAGAGGCAAGUGCCUGGAGCAAAACUUGCCCUCCAGCACAACAUUGGCCUCGGCGGUGCUGUCGUCGUCGCUCUCUAUCGUCUCGGUUUUCCCCAAUCUGUCCGAAGAAACAACGUGUCCUCAGCAUCCGAUCCAACCAAGUUCAGAGCCUACACACUUUUGCAAGCUCUCGAAGUGGCAAUGCAACAGGACACCGAGGGUUUCAUUGAGGGAGUUCGUGGAAUUUACGGAUUAAAAGUGACCAACGGUCCGGGUGGUGCCGAAGGCUAUUGGGUCAUCAACGCAAAAGUUGGAAAAGGAAAAAUCGAGUACAACGGCAAAGUGAAACCUGACGUUAUUUUCACAAUCAGUGACACGGAUGUUGUUGAUUUUAUAUCGGGAAAAUUGAAUCCCCAAAAGGCAUUUUUCCAGGGGAAAAUCAAAAUUCAGGGCAAUAUGGGAUUGGCAAUGAAAUUGCCCGAUUUGCAAAAACGCGCUCAUAAUAAAAUCGAAGCCAUUCGCUCUAAAUUGUAAUUUUGUAAAUUAUGUAAUUUUCCGUAAUGAAGAAAAUUAUUACAGAAAAUAGAAAAGCCAAAAAAAAGAAAAUAUUCACUGCGAAUGCUCUUUAUUUUAAAGGUGUUUUGGUUUGAAUUCAUAUCGCAUUAUAGGAAUAUAAAAAUUUUAAAGAAACGUUAGAUUAAAACUGACUCAAUUAUUCAUCUAAGUAAAUUUAUAAAUUAUCUAAUAAUUUUACAUAAUUUUUCUGUUGGGGUCCUAUCUUUUAAUUAUUUUGUCAAAGAUAUAUGUAUAUUGUGUAUAAAUACUGUAUUUUUAUAUAAUUUGUUAUUAAAUA